AGGCAUCUCCCUACUCUUUGGUCAACAUCUGCCUGCAUGCGAUGAUUGAGAACCUAGAGAAAUUGUGUUCUGAAAGACCUGAUGGAACACUUGGCUUCCCAGAGCAUUGGAGUUUUCCUCAAGAAGUAGCUGAUCGAUUCCUUGCGGUGAUGACUUCACAAGGCAAGCUGACUGAUAAAACGGCAAGCAUUUUCCAAGGCAACCAAAUGAAACUGAAGCUGGUCAAUAUCCAAAAAGCUAAAAUCUCUGCAGCUGCAUUCCUAAAAGCCUUCUGCCAUCAUAAGCUCAUUGAACUGGAUGCUACUGCAGUGCACACUGACCUCCCAGUCCCAGAUAUCAUUAGUGGACUUUGCAGCAAUGGCUGGAUCCAGCAGAACCUCCAGUGUCUCCUGUUAGACUCAGCGAGCAUCCCUCCAGACUCACGACCAUUGUUCUUUGGUCAGCUCACCGGCCUUCGCAUUUUAAGUGUUUUCAGUAUGUGUUUUCAUAAUGAAGACCUAGCUAGUGUUUCUCAGUUACCCAGACUGGAAAGUUUGGAUAUCUCCAAUACUCUGGUCACGAAUAUAUCUGCACUUCUUAACUGUAAGGACCAACUCAAAUCUCUCACAAUGCACUAUCUGAAAUGCCUCACCAUGACCAGACCACAGUUUCUUGCAGUCAUCAGAGAACUUAGGUGUCUGAUUCACCUUGAUAUUUCUGAUCACAGGCACCUGAGGUCAGACCUAGCUUUUCAUCUGCUACAGCAGAAGGACAUUCUACCUAAUAUUGUGUCACUGGACAUUUCGGGAAGCACUUGCAUAACUGAUCAAGCCGUAGAACUCUUCAUACAGCAGCGGCCCGCGAUGCAGUUUGUGGGACUACUGGCUACGGAUGCUGGUUAUUCUGACUUCUUGACUACAAAGAAAGGAUUGAGGGUUGCUGGAGGAGCCAAUAUCAGUCAGAUUUCAGAAGCACUGAGUCGAUACAGGAAUAGGUCGUGUUUUGUGAAGGAAGCCCUCUGCAGGCUCUUCACAGAGACAUUCUCAGUGCAGAUAACCAUGCCUGCUAUUUUAAAGCUUGUGGCUAUAGGAAUGAGGAAUCAUCCAUUGGAUUUGCCAGUGCAGUUCACAGCCAGUGCUUGCGCCCUCAACCUAACACGUCAGGGACUGGCCAGGGGCAUGCCUGUUCGUCUCUUGUCAGAGGUCACCUGUCUACUUUUCAAGGCUCUGAAAAAUUUCCCCCAUUAUCAGCAGUUACAGAAGAAUUGUCUUCUCUCCUUAACCAAUUCCAGGAUUCUUGUGGAUGUUCCAUUUGACAGGUUUGAUGCUGCCAAGUUUGUUAUGAGGUGGCUCUGUAAGCAGGAGAACCCCAAGAUGCAAACGAUGGCAGUGAGCGUCCUCUCUAUCCUAGCCUUGCAACUCUCACCUGAGCAAACAGCACAACUUGAAGAAGAGCUCGUCAUGGCUGUUAAGGAACUUCUAGCAAUAAUAAAACAAAAGACUGCUGAGAACUUAGAUGAUGUCACCCUUUUGUUUACUUUGAAAGCACUUUGGAAUCUAACAGAUGAGUCUCCAGCCGCCUGCAAGCACUUCAUUGAAAACCAAGGACUGGCGAUCUUCAUCCAAGUCUUGGAGACCUUUUCAGAGUCAGCAAUACAAAGCAAAGUCCUUGGACUUUUGAACAACAUAGCUGAAGUCAGAGAGUUCUCCUCCAGGUUGGUGACCGAAGACAUGAUGAGGCACAUCAGCAGUUUGCUCCAUAGCAAGGAAAUGGAAGUCAGCUACUUUGCUGCAGGUGUCAUAGCCCACCUGACAUCUGACAGAGAGCGCUGGAUAUCCCGAGACCUCCAGAGGCGUACUCUUCUCCAAGAUCUGCAUGCAGCCAUCCGGAACUGGCCAAGUUCAAGUUGUAAAAUGACAGCAUUGGUGACCUACAGAUCAUUCAAGGCAUUUUUUCCACUUCUUGGCAACUUCUCCCAGCCAGAGGUUCAGCUGUGGGCCCUGUGGGCUAUACAUCACGUCUGCAGCAAAAACCCUAGCAGAUACUGCCAGAUGCUGGUGGAGGAAGGAGGAUGGCAGCUGUUGUGUGACAUCCGGGAGCACGGUGAGGUGGACCCCCUGGUGCAGCAGGGGGCAGCCUCCAUUCUGUCCGACUUCAGGAUGCAUUUCCUGAAUUAUCAGAGCCCCGCACUGUGCUGAAUGCCCUUCCUAGCCACGGGGGCUCAGUGAGCUCUGAGCGUCAGCAGCCAGGCUUCUGUGGACAGUAAUUCAGUGUUAAAACCAAUUAUUCUUGGAGUUUGUGAAGGCUUCCUCACCGGCCUUUUAUUGUUGAUUUUUCUGUAAGUUAUGAGAAGGCUGGAUUUGUAUGAUAGCCAUUAUUCUAUGUCAAAUUGAAACCAUUUGGGGAUGCCCCCUCAGCAGUAAUUUUGAAAAAUCAAAUCAUAGACUGUAGAAAGUCCUCGGUGCUCGUGUUGGAUCAGCUCGGCCAGUUCCUUGUGUGUAGGUAGUCCUGAUGCUUGUUCAGGAAGCUAGACCUGGUUACCCCAGAGAGGAAAGGAAAGACGCAGGGACCUUGACAUUAAUGUUAUAUUUCCUGAGUAGUUACCUCUGGUUAUGUGAAACUAGCAGAAAAGACAUACAUGAAGAAAGACGGGAGAUGUAUGCCUAAAAAGCUCGGGUAGAAACUCCAUUGGAGGGAAAAGAAACUUUUUUCUCUGUAGAUAUUAAAGUACCUUCCAUUUGAGGUGU